GAGUCAUAUAUCGGCCAGGGUCAAGUCACAAUGAUCCCCAAAACAGGAGUCCCAGCAUUUUCCUUUUUCGUUUUCCUUGCAUGUACUGGAGUUGUUUUGAGUGGGGUGCAAGGCACCGCAAAUGAUCUUGAAACAAACGAUGUGUUAAACUCCAUGGGCAAGUUACUUGACUACCUCAAAGCGAACUUUAAGGAUCUUAAUGUGGAUGGACUUUUUGGAUUAAGAAUCGCGCAAGGGCAGAUAUUAGCGGCCCUUGCUGAAGCUAAAAAAGGAGACUUCAAACUAGCACCUUCUAUACGUGAGAAAGUAGACGAAUUGGUUCAGGUUCUGAACCAAUUAUGUGAGGGAAGCUUCAGGCAUAUCAUGGCAGGUGGAACCGCCUACAGUCAACGAUUCAAAUCAAUCAUUUUCGAGCCAAUGAGUGGGAUAGAGGGUAUCUAUCACGUCAAUGAUGUUCUUCCAAAGGUUUCUUUCAACUGCCUCAAGAAUAACAUUGCCCAUUAUAACGAGAACGCUGGUGAUGCGUGCUUUUCAUUGAUCCUCGGCACAGCCAAAUAUAUGGAUAAAAUGACCUUCCCUAAGUGCACCGUGUCCCAAAGGUGUGUAGACAACUUCCUUGGUGAGGAGGCGCUGAAGACUAUGACUGGUUAUUUUCCGACCCAUUCGGCGCUUUACGUCUAUCUAGCCAGAAAGAAUGGUUGUGCGGGGAAAAUCCAAGCUCAUCUGAACAGACCUCUGACGAGAGUGAUGGCAGACAUCUGUAGCAAGGCAUACGCCGAGGCGAAACUCCUGGUACACCACUUCCGGUUCAUGGAUCUUUUUAUGGAAACAAUCGUUGUUUGUGGUGGGCUGUCUGGAUUUGAGGAGUUUUAUCGUAGAGAUUGGUGGGACCUUGUGAAGUUUGGUCAAGAUCAGACUGGUUGUUAUACAAUGACGUUGUCAGCAUAUGGUAUACUAAGGGAAUCAUAUGAAAAGACUUUGACGGAUCACCCACCAAGUUCCCAUUCGAGAAAGUUACGGAGGGAUGUCGAGAUGAGCGACGGCUGCAGCUCUCACACCACGGGGAUGGCAGCGGCUGUUGUGGGUAGUUAUGCCCGCUACCUCAUGGAACAUGGUGGACACUUCGAGAGAGAGUGAUACAACAUAUAGACAUACAUGCAGCUCAACUCCAAAUUUUCUGUAUCUUUCUCACGUCUUUCGAAUUAUU